UCAGUUUAGAUGCACAUAUACCUUAACGUGUUUAUGCAAAAUAACUUCGAAUCUGUCCUGUGAGGGAAGAAAGAAAAUUAACAAGUUAUUAUCAUGGCGGGUAGACGUCAAACUCGCACACAGAGCGAAGGUGACGUCAUUGGAAUGAGCGAAGAAGCGUUACUAAGCACAAGCAUUAAAAAUGAGCUGGAGAAAUGGAAACUCAUGAACGAAAUGCACGCACUUGUGUGUGGCGAAAAGCAGUGCUCGAUGGAAAACAGCAGAAAGCUGAGAAAACUUAAAGAGGAUAUAACAAAAAUGCUUGCUGAAGGGUGUGUAUAUAAGCUUCACGGAUUUAAAAAAUAUGACCCAUUCUUAGUCAAUUUCAAAGCAAAGGAAAGCAUAGAAGAAGGACCGAAGCCAAAUACACUCACGAAAUCAUUGUCUACAGAAACUUUCCCAUCUAUUAGCGAGACAGGAAACUAUGUGAAAACAAAUUUAAAGUCGUAUGAAAGGAAAGAAGCUGAAAAGAAAGAUAUUUUACCUGCGACAAUUCAAAAUACUCUUCGUAAUAUCGAAUUUCCCGAUAUUCCGUCGCAGGUUGAAGAAAGCCAGGAUGAAAAUGAAAAAAAUGAACAUUGUACAAAUUUGUUAUCCUCUCUUUCGAAUAGCUUUCAUGGUAUGAUCAUGUGGCGACAGAAGAUACGCGACAGAAUAAUAGAAAAAGAAAAGGCUAAACCAGAUUCCCCUGUCCGAUACCACCCGAAAGUUGAAACGACCACGAAAAACAUAAACCGAUACAAGGACAUGUUUGCGGGGAACUGCAGGACAUAUUAUGCAAUGAAGAAAUUCGUUGAUAAAGAGGCUGACAUAAUGAUUAAUAAAGUGGAUUCUCCCCUCUAUUACAAGAAAAUCUCGGAACUAGAAAAACUUAAACAAAAAUGUAAAAUUCCAGAAAUUAUCCGAAGAGACAAAUCAACCUCAGCCAUAUUUAGAGAUUUUGAGAAUUAUAAAGCCCAGAAAGUACAAGAAAAGAGAAGGAAAGUAUCAGAAUGGCAAACUUCUCAGUAA